AUGUCUACAUCAACAUCCACAACAUCUCAACCACCGCACCAUGCCGCCGUCACAGCUCCCCUCCCACGCAUAACCAUCCAGUUCUGCACUCAAUGCAAAUGGAUGCUGCGAGCUGCCUACUUCGCCCAAGAACUCCUCUCCACAUUCUCCCUCUCCCUCGGCGAAGUCGCCCUCCAGCCCUCCACCGGCGGAACCUUUAUCGUCACCAUCCACCACCUUUUCACCUCCCCAGAAUCACCUUCAGCAUCAUCUUCAGCAUCCGUCCAGUCCACAACCCUGUGGGACCGCAAAACAGACGGCGGCUUCCCCGAAACAAAGGAGCUCAAGCGUCGCGUCAGGGACGUCAUCGACCCGUCCCGGGACCUGGGCCACGUCGACCGCCAUCACGGCGCUGCUGCUGCUCCUCCUCCUCCGGCUACAGAGGCCGUUAAGGUAAAAGAGGCCGUUCCAGCGAAAGAGACUGUUUCUGCUACGGAACAGCCAGCAAAGCAAGAACAGGCCUCAUCAACCAUUGUAUGCGAAGACUGCACUUAA